AAAUUAGUAGAAGACUGGGAAAGAAAUGGAUGAUAGAUGAAAGAAGCAAAGGAAAGAGGUCGAAGAAAGGAUGGCGCGUUCACAUGGAGCUCUAGUUUUCCUGCUUCUUGCAGUUGUUAUCGGGAAAUUUUGCCUGGCAGAGAACGAAGUAAAAGAAUGCAUCAAGGGUUCUCUCCAUAAAGAUAAACCCUCUCCCGAAGGCGCAGAUUACGUUGAAUGUCAACCUUGGAAGGAAAAUGCGUGCUGUACCGCCGAAUUCACCGCCGAACUCAAGCGUAACAAUGUGGAAGUUUUGUACAACUUUUCAUGGAAUCACUGUGCAAAUUUGUCGGAGGCCUGCGAAAGGUACAUAAAAAACGAGGAAUGCUUCUGGAGUUGUGAACCCAACCUUAUCAAAUGGCAUGUCAAAGAAGGUGCUUUGGAUGGGGUUCCCAUAUGUGCAGAGUACUGUGACAAUUGGUUUGACGCCUGCAAAGAUGACUACACAUGCGCUGAAAACUGGCUUGAAGAUUUUAAUUACACGUCUAAUGUCUACAGCUGUCCAGCAGCGUCAGAGUGUCUCAAAUUUAGCCAGAUUUAUACUGAUGGCAACGGACUGUGCGAUAAAAUGUGGGGAAAAUCGUUUAAGUAUGAAAAGAGCGACAACUGCAUGGUGAUGUGGUUUGAUGGGAAGAACCCCAAUGGAGAUGUGACCCCAAACCCGCCGAACCCGAGAAAUGCUGCAAUCUGCUGCUCCGUGUUCCUCUGUCCAGCGUUGAUUCUUAGCCUAAUCAUCUUGUUGCUAAGCAGUAAUUAGCCAUCAAACUAGCAUUUUUGAUUAAUUUUUGCUUUUUUAAUUGCACUAGCUAUUUUGUAAUUCUGGACCAUUCUUGAUCAAUCCCUUCCCCAGUGCUCCUCGAUCAUUAUUGCCGGCAGAACGUGAGCUGUGCAAAUGCGUGUAUUUUUCGAUGAACUGCCGCUGCCAAGUUCAUGACUCAAAUAAUAUUCUGUUAUUAUUUAUGACGUAUGGAGGUUUGGCACAGCAGACAUGUUGCAUGGCAGGAUCAAUAGAUUCUUUUUCCUAUGGGAAAAAGCGUUCUUUCUAAUGUAAAACGUUUUCAUUGUUCCUGUCAUGCAACAUGGCUGCCGCGCAAAACCUCUAUUCUAUGCACUUUCAAACCAAAAGUUAACUUAAACUUUGAAAGCCAAGUAUGCAGAGUGUCAAGAGAAGAUGAAGAGUAUCAGAGUUAAUCCCCCAUACAGGCCUAAGGUAAUCCAUCUCAAGUUAUUUUUAGUUCACUCAAAACUUCAGAAAUUCGGAGGGGGGUCUACAAGAAGCCAAUCCUGUGACGCAGAUUUUCCUCACGUGGACCGCAGCCCAAUUAAGCAAACCACGACGACGACGCCAACGAGAACGUCACCAAACAAAAGGUUUAAUGAGCAAAACAAUGGCUGUA